AAAAGAUGGGAUAUUUUAGAUGAUUGAAAAAUUAUUUUACAAAUGAUUAGUUGCACCCAAAUCCAUUCCAUAGAAUUCGGAUCUCCAGAUUUACUAUCUUGAUAUUGGUGGGUUGACUUUUUAUUUCUCUCCCCUACCUUGAUGAGGGAAUGGUGAAUGAUAUCAAGAACACUGCAAAUGACAAGAAAAAUCCAAAAUUAACUUUAUUACCUCUUAUUGCUCUCAUUUUCUAUGAUGUUUCAGGUGGACCUUUUGGUAUUGAAGAUUCAGUUAAAGCAGGUGGUGGUCCUUUAUUACCUUUACUUGGUUUCUUGAUUUUCCCUUUACUUUGGAGCAUACCUGAAGCUCUAAUCACAGCUGAAUUAGCCACAAGUUUCCCUCAAAAUGGUGGUUAUGUCAUUUGGAUAUCAUCAGCUUUUGGCCCUUUUUGGGGAUUUCAAGAAGGGUUUUGGAAAUGGUUUAGUGGUGUUAUGGAUAAUGCUCUGUAUCCGGUACUCUUCCUCGAUUACUUGAAGCAUUCUUUACCCAUAUUUAGUCAUCUAAUUGCAAGAAUUCCGGCUUUGUUAGGGAUUACAGUUUCGUUAACAUAUUUGAAUUAUAGAGGACUGCAUAUUGUUGGUUUUUCGACUGUUUUGCUUGCAAGUUUUUCGCUUUUACCCUUUUUAGUAAUGGGGAUUCUAUCGAUUCCUAGGAUUAGGCCAAGAAAGUGGUUUGUUGUGGAUUUUAAAAAGGUUGAAUGGAGGGGAUUCUUUAAUAACAUGUUUUGGAAUUUGAAUUAUUGGGAUAAGGCUAGUACUGUAGCAGGGGAGGUUGAAGAUCCUAGUAGAAUGUUUCCAAAGGCAUUGCUCGGGGCUGUGGUUUUGGUGGUUUUGUCUUACAUAAUUCCACUUCUUGCCGGUACAGGAGCGUUGGAUUCUAAUCCUAGUGAGUGGAGUGAUGGUUAUUUUGCAGAAGCUGGAAUGCUUAUUGGGGGUUUGUGGUUGAAAUGGUGGAUUCAGGCUGCAGCUGCAAUGUCUAAUAUGGGGUUGUUUGAAGCUGAAAUGAGUAGUGAUGCAUUCCAACUUCUUGGGAUGAGCGAAAUCGGAAUGCUUCCUUCUAUAUUUGCUUCAAGAUCAAAAUAUGGGACACCAACUAUCAGCAUCGUAUGCUCUGCAACCGGCGUAAUCUUUCUGUCAUGGAUGACUUUUCAAGAAAUCUUGGAAUUUCUUAACUUCCUCUAUUCAGUAGGAAUGCUUCUUGAGUUUGCAGCCUUCAUAAAUUUAAGGAUAAAGAAGCCAGAUCUUCAUAGACCUUAUAAGGUCCCGUUGCAAACAGUUGGAGCAACGCUGCUUUGCCUGCCACCUUCUCUGUUGCUUCUGUUUGUCAUGUAUCUGGCUUCUUUAAAGACGUUUAUAGUAAGUGGCUCAGUCAUUAUUCUUGGGCUGUUCUUGUAUCCUGCCGUGAUGUAUGCAAAGGAGAAAAAAUGGUGUCAUUUUAAUACAAGAGAACAAUUGGGACUUUCUAAUGAUCUUGAGGACCGAUCAUCACCUACUGAACUUGGUCAGGUUGUUGCUGAUGAUGCGUCUCUUAGCCUACUCGGACACUCUAAGACAGUACAAGAUUCGAAAACUUUGUCACAAGAAAUUUCAACAGUGGAUUAGAAGAUACUUCCAUAUUUUGUGUACAUUUAAACCAGAAGCGGGAGCUUUGGUGCAACAUUGUGACCUAGAGGUAAUGGGAUCUCUCAAUCGUGAAGACAGUAGAAAUGCAAGGUAAGAUUGCGUAAAAUAGAUCCAAUCUGAUCCAACCCUUCACUUAGGGACCUUUAUGCACCAGACUGCCUUUUUUUUUUACCAGAAUGGAUUUAUAUUUACAUAGUUCAAGCUAGGAAAGAUAUGCUUUUACAGAAUUAGCCAGACACUAUGGGAGGAAAAGCCCAAUUAGAUUUAUGUAAACUCUUUGAAUACCUUAUAUCUGAUGUGAAACACUACAUAACUUAUCAAUACAAACUCUGUACAUACUUUUGGUACAUCACACCAAUCUGAUUUCACAUAAAUGUUUAAGGGAUCGAGCACACCAG